GCAGAAGCAGGUUCUAACUCCAGCCCGUGGACCAUAGCUUACCAGCAACGUUGCAGCAGUACCACAAUUACGUGUACAAGUUCCCCAUGAUUCAUUUCCUCGAUCUCCAUAUCAUAUAUACUUCUCGGUCCCUAUGGAGAUAUCCGAAACAAUAGCCGAAAGGCUGGAGUCCUUGCUCUCCGACGUUUGCUCGAGUUUCGCAGACACAAGCAGCAAGUUCAAAGACAUUCGCAAUGCAGCGCGGGGAGGUAGCACAGACGCUCCAGACGUGACGGAGAAUUUUCAAGAUGCACUUCUGCUCAAACAGAAACUUGACUUGCUCGAAGCAGGUGCUGUUACUGGCUCGUGCGAACCGUCCCUACCUAUUCUCGCGCGUAUUCUGCAUUGCGAAUACCUCCUUUACUCGAUCUAUGCCGAGACCCCUAUGCGAUAUAAUCCCUUCCUCUCGCACUGGGUUGAAGUGAUUCAGCGACUGGACCGGAAACCUGAAAGUAUGGAAAUAAGCAAAAUUACGAGCAAAAGCAUGAGCUGGCCACUGAUUCACAGAGUUCGAGUAUUACUCGUACAACAAAUAUUGCAUGCGGAUACACUCAUGCGUAUCUCGCAUCAAUCGCCUAGAGAUCUCCUCGAGACGCUCUCUGAGUUAGAGCUUAUGCACUUCGUGCUGGAUGAUUUCGUCAGGAUCCUGGAGGACGAAGACAUAUACGAGCGUUCACAAUCACCAGAAGCACAAUCUACUACAGGAUCAACUGCACAGAGUUCCUAUAAAAUAUCAACUGGAUCACAGUCAAAUUCGCAGAUUGAUAUCCCGAUAGACAAUACUAAGGAAGGAAUUCUUCGACGUAUAAAAGAAAGCUCACAUCCAGUUGAGACUGCGGACAAGAUUAUUGCGCGCCUACCAGUGGAUCUAAAUACCCUCGAACUCUUGACGGGCUUGUUACAGAAUGGUACACUAGAGUCCCUACGUGUUGACUCACUGAACCCUAUCAGAAAUUACAUACAACACGGCUUGCGUCACAUCGAGAAGAUGGGCCAGAGACAGACUGUCAUACCCGAUACAUCACUAUACGAAAGCAACGAUUCCAUUCAAGAGCAAGGAGAAGUCGGACGGGAAGCGCAAAGAAGAUCUGUGAAGCUUUUGGUUUUGUUCAUGCGUAACUUGGUACGAAAGGCCCUGAUACCCCCUGAAGAGCUCUACUACGAGAUCCAAGAGAUAUGCGUUCGUUAUAUGUGGAUCAGGGAAGUUCGAGACUUUAGGGCGUUCAUGGAGGGCAUGGGCUGAUACCAGCAACACCGUUUGACAUUUCCGAGAAAAGUGGAACACUCUAUGACAACCACAACAAAUAGACCACUGCUGAAGUUUAAAGCAUUGCGAGAUCACAGCCUAGACUCUCCAUCGGGGGUAGCAUCACCGUCGAGUCGCAACAUCUUGCGUCAUUACCCGUUCCAUGUGGAUGCUCCAAGAGCAGAUACAAUACGGGAUGGCGCUGCAAGUAUCAGCAGACUCGCUCAAACACUGGACACAACCAGGAUGCUUCACUUGUCAAGGUUGGUCUGAAUGGCCCAACGUUGUGGAAGUGGUGGGGACGUGUG